UGCGGAAGGAGAGCGAGCGGUGUGGACUCUCCUGUCACCUCCAUUCGCCCCUUCCAUCUGCCCGGCCGCCACGAUCUACGCCGCCACAACUACGCCGCUACAUCCUCCGCACAAGGCCGUCCCAUCCACGUAGGGCACGGGCUGCCACGACCUCUGUCCGCGGCUGCCCCAUUCACUCCGGCAAUGCAACAACAAGACCUCAGCCCCCCGACCGUGCCUGGCCCCCAUCCACGCCAGCGAAUCGGCGCGGCUCGCCGGACGGCGGAUGCGCAAGAUCGGUGCCGUGCCGGUGACCUCAUGGUCGCGGGCGGCUAUGGCAGCUCGGCCGUCGUGGUCCGCUCAACGGCGCCCUCCUCGUGGUCGAACUCCACCUUCGUCGGCGCCAUCACUAACGACCCGUGCAACGUCAGCGUGCUCGUGGUGGGCGGCCUCAUCGUCCCCUACCGCCCUACGGCUUCGACAUCGCCGCGACCGUCUCCAACAGCCACCGGUCCCCCUCAGGCAACAUCACUCGCGUCCUCACCGAAGCCCGGGGGUUCAAUGUGGCCGCCUCCUUGCUCGAGGCCUCCGGCGUCACGGAUGACUUCGAGGCCGAUGAGCGCGGCGCCCGCAUCACCAUCUUUGCCCUCCUCGCGCAAGGCACCUCCCUGCACGCGACCAGCAAUGCGGGUGUAUGCACCCUCGACCCGUUCGAAGAAAUGCCGGACCACAACGGUCACAAUGAUGGCCCUGUACACUGGAAUUAAAAAGGUGCGUGCUGGUGGAUGCUUUUGA